AUGGCUGCUCUAAUGUGGGCUGCUUGGAGGGGGAGGAAUUUAACUCUGUUUCAAGGUGAGAAUCCGAAUGGUGUAAUGUUGGCUGCGGAUUUUGUGAGAUUGGUUCAUGACUUCAAUACAUAUGCAAAGAGGGUGCUGCCAGCCCCCCCUUCUGCUGGUCAACCUCAACAGGCUACUUGUGCGCAAUGGAAGAAGCCUAGUCAUGGAUGGGUCAAGGUGAAUUUGGAUGCUCAUGUAUUGGAGGGGUGUAAGGUGGGGUUGGGAGUGGCUAUACGUGAUGCGGAGUGUCAUUUACUAGCAGCAGCAGUCAAGGUCUCACACUAUACAUCCCCAGAAGUGGCUGAAGCUAUGGCGAUCAGAUAA